AUGUUGAAUAUUCAAACAAUAAUCUACUUGGUGAUUGUCUCAACAACUUUGACAAUCAAUUGCAAUGCAAGACAAUACAACAAUGCUGAUAUGGAUGAUAGCAACUUCUAUGAUGAUCGUCGAGAUUUAAUAGACACAUAUUUAGAUCGAUAUGUUGAUAAACGUGCUGCUAAAUCAGUUUGUACGGGUUCUGCUCAAUGUGGGAAUAUAUGUGAUCCAAAAAAACAAUAUGAUUCAAGUACUACUUGUGGUUUAGUUUGUUAUGCUGCCAAUUGGGAAGAAAAAGUUGGUAGUAAAGGUACUUGUCAAUUGAAUUCCAAAGUCUGCGGUGGUCAAAGUUCUACUUUUUGUCCUGGUGGUAGUUAUACAUCUAUUCGUAAUGAUUAUCCAAAUAAUCCAAGUUAUUUCGAUUGUAAUAAUGGUUAUGGAUGUGCUGAUAGAGGAGGUUGUUGUGUUCGUAUUGCUGGUGCAACAAAUAAUAACUGGCAAUAUUAUUGUCUUAAAUGUAAUCAAAAUUAA